AUGCCGUCGCUAUCGUCGAUCCUCCCGCUCAUCACGUCGCUGAUCGGAUUCGUCGGGGCCCAGGACGUGCCUCGUGCGGUUGCUCGUGCUCCCGCCACUUGUCCCCUGACCUUUGACGGGCGCAUUCCGCAAGAUGCCACGGCCAAGACCUUCACCACGACCAAGAGCCCCUUCGACCCCAAGAACGUGCUCGGCAAGAACGUCACAUGGGAUCAGGUUAUAGAGUUUCCCAACAUUCCUCCGUCGCGGUUUGACAAGCAAGCCAACACCAAGCCAGUUGGCCUCAGCCUCUCCGACAAGUCCAUCUUCCUCUCGGGCACCGAGGGCAUGGAGACGGCGCUCCGACGCACCGAGCUGGUGCUCUACAAGCGCAACGACACCGUGUCGGGCCACGUGACGUGGCACCUGUCGGUGCGGACGGACCCCAGCCGGCCGCUCAACUACUCGCACGAGUACCUCUUGGCCUUCCACGAGGCGCAGGACUACCAGGCCGACUUUUGGAGCCUCAAGGUCGGGACGCCGAUGCUGUCGCCGCUCGGCACGCCGCCGGAGAAGGUGGUGCGGCUCGAGGGUUGGAAGUGGGACAAUCCGGUCAAGACGUUCUGGCAGGCGCCGCUGACGGACGACGUGUGGCAUAAUUUUGGGAUUGGGCUGGACUUUAACAAAAACCUCAUCUCGCUCUUCUACAGCACAAACGACGACCCCCUGAGGUUGGUCGUGCCUCCCACCGCCAACAACAUCUCGGGAAAGGCGCCGACCACGCUGGGCGAGACGCACUUUGGCCUGCAGAAGCGGCCGGUCGGGGCGAACCUGGAAAACUUUCUGUUCAACGGGACGCAGCCCAGGGGGAUCAACGAGGCGUUUUUCUUUGGCGGCAUCUUCCAGGACAACAGCGCGAGCGGGUGCAUCACCGUGUGA